AUUAUAUCAAGGAAAAAAGACCAAAAGCAAUAACUGAGAGCUGGUGUAGAGUAUUACGUACAGUGUAGGAUGGGACUCGGAAGACCUGGGUUCAAAUCUGUGCAUAACCAUCUGCUGUUUGAGCUUUUAGGUUGGAUUAAGGUAUAAACCAUUAAGGGGCAUGUUACCAGAACCUCUGUAUAAAUGCUUUUUUGAUAUGCUGAAGGGUGGAUGAGAUAAUAGACAAGAAACAGAGUUGUCAUCCAGAGAAUGCCAAGACAGAAGGCUUCCCGAUUACAGGAGGACACCUAAGCCAAGAUAGCCGAGGAAAGGAGUGUCCUAGAUUCUCCUCUGGCCCUGCUAUGAGAAUUGAAUUGAGUACCAAUGAACCUUCUGAUGCUCUGUUAAUUUGCUGGAGGUCGGUAGCGAUGAAGAACGGAAACUGAACCUGAGCUUGAGCGAAAGCUUUUUUAUGGUGAAAGGUGCCGCUUUAUUCCUCCAGCAAGGGAGCAGCCCACAAGGCCCACGGAGUCUUCCCCACCCUCACAAACAUGCAGGUGAUUUGCCCCAGCACCUCCAGGUGAUGAUCAACCUCCUUCGCUGUGAGGACAGGAUCAAGCUGGCUGUUCGUUUAGAAAGUGCUUGGGCAGACCGAGUGAGGUACAUGGUCGUUGUCUAUAGCAACGGGCGCCAAGACACGGAGGAGAACAUCCUGCUUGGGGUGGAUUUUUCCAGCAAGGAGAGCAAAAGCUGCACCAUCGGGAUGGUUCUGCGCCUCUGGAGCGAUACAAAGAUCCAUCUGGACGGCGACGGCGGGUUUAGCGUCAGCACUGCCGGGAAGAUGCAUGUUUUCAAACCUGUUUCGGUGCAGGCGAUGUGGUCUGCCCUGCAGAUCCUCCACAAGGCUUGCGAGGUGGCCCGGCGGUACAAUUACUUCCCGGGCGGGAUGGCGCUCGUCUGGGCCACGUACUAUGAGAGCUGCAUCGCCUCCGAGCAGAGCUGCAUCAACGAGUGGAACGCCAUGCAGGACGUGGAGUCGACGCGUCCCGACUCGCCGGCUUUAUACGUGGACAAGCCAACUGAGAGGGAGCGGGCAGAACGGCUCAUCAAGGCCAAGCUCCGGAGCAUUAUGAUGAGCAAAGACCUGGAGAACAUCACCUCCAAAGAAAUCCGGAACGAGCUAGAGAAGCAGAUGAGCUGCAACCUGAAGGAGUUCAAGGAAUUCAUUGACAACGAGAUGCUGCUGAUCCUGGGGCAGAUGGACAAGCCUUCCCUCAUCUUUGACCACCUGUACCUGGUCUCUGAGUGGAACGCCUCCAACCUUGAAGAGCUCCGAGGCUCAGGCGUGGACUACAUCUUGAACGUCACCAGGGAGAUUGACAAUUUUUUCCCUGGUAUGUUCGCCUACCACAACAUCAGAGUCUACGACGAAGAGACGACGGACCUCCUGGCCCACUGGAAUGAAACCUACCAUUUCAUAAACAAAGCCAAGAGGAAUCGCUCCAAGUGCCUGGUCCACUGUAAGAUGGGGGUGAGCCGCUCGGCCUCCACGGUGAUCGCCUACGCCAUGAAGGAGUUUGGCUGGUCCUUGGAGAAGGCGUACAACUACGUGAAGCAGAAGCGCAGCAUUGCCCGGCCAAAUGCCGGCUUCAUGAGACAGCUGCAGGAAUACCAGGGCAUUUUGGAUGCCAGCAAACAGCGUCAUAACAAGCUGUGGAAGCAGCAGUCGGAGGACAGCCUCCCGCAGAAUUCGGAGGCCCCCAGUGGGCCGGGCGAUUUCUUCCUUGACGGUUUUGACAUCGACCUGGACCCUUCUCCUUGCCAGCCCAGCUUCCCGGACCCCGGGGGAAACGAGGAGCCCGUGGGCUUCCACUACUGCUUCCGGCGCCUCUCGGACUCCUUACCUGGGAGCCGGGAAUCCUUUUUCCAGGUGGAGGACCUGGAAAGGGACGUGCUUCUCCAGGAGGCCGAGUUGCCCGCCUUGCCGGCCCUGCCGUUUGCAGGGUUCUCCGACCCGUCGGAGGAGGAGGAGAAGCUGGAGGGUGAGGAGAGAGCCGAAAUCGCCGCUGGACUCGGCGAGAAAAAAGCCUGGAAGGAGGCUGAGGCUGGCCUCCCGAAGGGCGACGGCGUGUCGCCCAGGCUGGCAGUGCCGGAGGAGGGAGAGGCCAGAGAGGAGAAACCGGUCGAAAGGUGGAAACGGCGCUCGUCUGUGCAGGAGGAGGAGAGCAGGUUGAACUGCGAGAACCUGAACAACAACAACAGCAAGAGGAGCUGCCCGGAGGAGUUUCAGCACGACACCAUCUUUGGGAUCCUAAACAAAGUGAAGCCUCCCUACAAGUCCUGCGCCAAUUGCAUGUACUCCUCCCUGGGAGCCCCUGCGGAUGCUUUUGGGGAGCCGCACGACAGCCUCCACCCCGCCCCUCUGUGCCGCAGUGCUGCGGUCUGCACGCAGCCCGCCUUCCUCCCGCCGGGGCCCCCUGCAUUUCUGGACCAGCCGUUCAACGUGUCUCCACUUAGAGAGAUCCGUGGAGCCAAAACCAACAGCUUGUCUUCUGCGCUGGUGGGGAGCAACCCACCCGUGCAGGAGAGCAGUCCCGGGAAGCCUGAGCCCACUUGGCCCAACUGUGACGCUUCUGAGAAACCCAAAGACACACCAAAAACGCCCGCCGGUGCCUGGCUUGGCCCCAGACCUUCCCUCUGCGAAAGGAGCCCUUCCCUUCCCGAGGAGUCAAAAGAGGACGCAUCGCAAAGGAAGGAGCUCCGACAGACCAAGGACCUGAAGUGCUUCCUCUUCAGCAGAGAUCUAGAGAAACCCACCACCAACAGCUACCUGAUGCAGCACCAGGAGUCCCUCCUCCAGCUUCAGAAGGCAGGCUUGGUUCGGAAGCACACGAAGGAGCUGGAGAGGCUCAAGAGCUUCCCGGCAGAGACCCCUGCCCAGGUGAGGGAAGGGCCGGGGGGCUCAGCUGACACAGCCAUCCCCGAAGAAGGCCCGGAGCUGACGGCCCAUCCCCAGGGACCGUGGCCUUCGCUUCCGGAAGACGCUGAGGGCGGCCUCAAGAAGCCGCACGCAACCCCUGCGCCAAAGACCUCCACGCCCGUCGCGCCGGCCCCGAGCAAGGCGGACCACAUGAGCAGCUUCACGAAAGACUUCCUCAAGACCAUCUGUUACACCCCGUCGUCCUCCAGGAGUUCCAACCUGACUCGGAGCUCCAGCAGCGACAGCAUCCACAGCGUCCGCGGGAAGCCCGGCCUGGUGAAGCAACGGGCUCAGGAGAUCGAAACCCGGCUGCGACUGGCCGGCUUGACCGUCUCCUCUUCCUUGAAACGUUCCCACUCUCUUGCCAAGCUGGGGAGCCUCAACCUCUCCUCGGAGGACCUCUCGAGCGAGCUGGACCUCUCUGCGCCGCUGCCGGACUCCAGAGAAGCCCAACCGAGGGAGCCCGUGGGGCCCUGUGACUUCCGCUUAUUUUCCAAGAACGCAGGAGGGGGACCCAAACCCUUGGCUAAACCCACCCCAGGGAAACUGAAGGCUGUGCCUUGGCUGGAGAAAAGCUGACCCGUUUGGCAUCUUCUUUUUUUCUCCAUUUCUUUUCUUUUUUAAAAAAACUUAUUUUUCUUCUGUGCUAAAGGCAAUUUUAUCGUCUUUGCGGGGGGGGGGAGGAAGAAGCGGAAAUUCAACCCUCUUUCCCUUCGGGUGUUGCAAGCAGAAGGGGGUUGCAAAGGGGAAGGGUUCUCAGACAAGGGCAAACAGCCCAAGGAAGAAAAA